GCGAGCGGGAAAGCGACCAACAGAACAAAUUUGAAUCUUGUUCAGUCCCAAAUCGGCAGAGCAACAGGAAACUAAGAACAGUACUGGGCAAUUGAUUAGCUUUCUUCGUCUUCUCUUCAUUUCGAGCGCUAUUUUCAGGUAAAUUUUCCAUUACAACGACGGACGAAGUGUUCUUCCAAAGGCUGUCAGAUUUUUCUUCCGUCAAAUUGCAAUCCCUAGGACUCCAUUUGAAGUUACAGCACCAACAUAGCAAAGCGGCGUUUCAAUUUUGGAUCUCAAGAUGACUAGUAAAUCCGGCGGUGGUGGAGAGGCUGCUUUCCACUUGCUGCAGCCGGAGCGUGACCUUCGGUUGAAUUGGGAAGUGGACCUCGCCGAGAAGCUCGAAAGCUAUCUGUUGCAGAUUUGCUCCGGUGAGUUUCAGUCCGGCGAAGAUGAGAACCACGUUUCUGUCAAUUUUGCUGAAGCUGCUUUGCUUCUGCAAGGUUCGAUUCAAGUGUAUAGUCGUAAGGUUGAAUACCUUUACUCGUUAGUUUUGCGAGUUUUGGAGUUCCUUUCUGAAAAAAGGCAGCAGGAUAAUUUGGAAGGAACACCAACCGAAGCUGAACAUGAUGGUUCUCAUAAACUUGCCGAGGAUGAAAACGACCUAUACUGGGUUUCAGAGGAUGUGCCUGUUGACCAAAAGAAUAGCUUGGAGAGCACCAAAGAAGAUGCUUGGUUACAUCAAACUGUAAAGCCUCCAGCAAAUUUAGUUGUUCUUGAAGGCGACUGCUUGGAUGCAUCUGGUGACAAUGGGGAACUAGAUUCAUAUCUGUUGGCCACCGCUAGUGAUAUUUUCCAAGACUUUAUUCUCUUAGAUCCAUGUGAUGCUGAAGCAGUUCAAGAUUUUCUGAAUGGUGGUAAUAAGUUUGGUCAAAGCCAUAAUGGUGGAUGUCGGGGCAGCUCGACCCGCCGGGGUUAUCAGUCGCCGCCCUCUAGACGAUCUGGAGGACUUAUGCAGAAGUCAUCUAUAGGAAAGACUCAGUGUGCUAAUAAUGUUCAAUCAACGCCUUCAGAUUCUCCAUUUUGUGAUAAUUUUGCUGAUGAAAAUCAUGAAUUUGAUAUGGAUAUUGGACAUUCAGAACCAGAUGAUUCAAAUGACUCUGACUCUGACUCUGAUGAUGAUGAUCCUUGGAAGCCUUUGAAUCCACAUGAACCAGGAAAUUUAAAAGUAAAACCAUUUAGGAAAGUCAAAGCUUUCAAAAAGAAUUAUGUCAAUUCUGUUAAGCAUGAGUCUGUAGCUGCUUUGUUUCCACUAGCAAAACUACAUGGCCCAAUUAGUCCAGAGUUUGCAAAGAUUUGGGAAGAACAGAACCAUGGAUUUGAAACACAUAAAGAAUCCAAUUCUGCUCUGUUAUAUGAAAAGCUGCGAAAUUCACUUAUCUAUGAAGGUCUUAGAAGUUGUGAUUCCCCUUCUGAUGUAGAAGACGCCAAUAUAGAUAAUGGUUUUGAAGAUGCCAAUUCCCCUGACACUGAUGAUCCCGACAAUCACAAUAUGGAUGAGGACAUGUGUUUUGGGAAUGAAAAGCAUGAUGCUUCUCAUUUUGAUAAUGGUGAAGCAUAUGAACCUGAAAUUCCAGAUUGUCGAUCAACUCUAGAAGAUCUUUGUCGCUCUCAUCUUGACGCCCUCCUUGCACGCUUUUUUGAGACCGAGAAGCAGACAGAAAUGGCCUCUCGAGUGUCUACAUGGAAGCAGAACAUUGAACACAAUAUGGAAGAGCAAGACAAACACCCUCCAUUUGAUAUUCAUGAAUAUGGCAAAGUGAUUGUUGAAGAAUUAUCUGGUGAAGCUGACAAAGGAGGAGGUAUCAUGCCUUUUUCUGAUGUUGUUGAAGGGCAGGAGAAAUACAAUGUGGCACGAAGUUUUUCCGCUCUACUUCAAUUGGUGAACAAUGGAGAUGUGGAGCUGGAAAAGAGUGGUGCUCAUGGGGAAUCGAUUUGCUAUACUUCUGUGAAUCCAUUCCAUGUUAAGCUUAUUCCCCAUAAACGGGUCGAUAAAACACAACAUCAAACCUCAAGAAAGAGACCCACAUCCCCAGAUAAGAGUAGAAAUACUCUCAAAGGAUCUAGGACGAGGGACUUGUCACAACAGAAUCACAAACUUCCUGCAAAACUGGGAAAGGUUAGGGGCCUUAAGUGCAGUCCGGAAGGCAAGAGGAGACGAAGAUCUCGAUUGGUCGAACCGGUUGAUUGAACAAGCUACCGGAUGACAAUAAUCUAAUGUACAGAUUAGUCGAGUGUUUGCGUAUUAUAGAGCAAUUCAACACGGCUUGUUGUAGUAUUGAGUACCAACAUUUCGUUGGGGUAAUGAGUAUGAAAGUUUCUAAUUAUUGAACGUAGAAGUAUGUCUUAUCUUAUCCAUGUAACUUUAGUAAACCAAGUCUAAGUUGUUGGAAUCUAUUUAAUAGAUCAAGUGAAUACAGUGGCAUUGAGUCUGGAGUUUCUGUUC